AUGGUCGCGGGGCCCGUGGCCGGCUGGCCGGUGGGGAGCGGCCACGGCUGGCCGCCGAUCGGCGCUUCGGCCGCCUGCCGCUCGAAGGAGGAGUUCGAAAGGCUUGAUGAGCUCUGGGACAGCGUCUGGUCAGGCGAAGUGUGCGUCGGUCCCGCCAACCCGCCCGCGAGCAAGCCCGGCGGUCUCUCCGAGUGGACCUCGAAUCCUGCCUUCGCCGCGCACUCGCGCAGCGCCAUCGGCGGCCGGCACCCGCUCAACGCCUCGGACAGCCAGAAGGGGUCGAUGGUGAAAUCGGCGUCGUGCCCAUCCCUCUACGCCGGGCCGAAUGGCCGCGGGCUGCUGCAGCGCCUGAAGUCGUGGCUGGAGCAGAUGCAGGACAGGCGGCGGGGCAUAGUGUACACGAACACCGGCCCCUGCCAGCUGUUCUCGGACUGGGGCAUCCCGCCGUACCCCGAGGACUACGAGUGGGACUAG